AUGAGUCCCAAGAUGAAGUUGGUCCUACUGGGUUUGAUCAUUCUGUUACAAUUCCAAGGCCUGAAAAGUUGUUUGGAAGAGGAGAGGAUGGGUCUGUUGCAAUUCAAGUCAUUCAUUGAAUCCGAUGGGUAUGAUGCUGAUAAUCUUUUCCCUUCAUGGGUUAAUGACCCAAAGAGCGAUUGCUGUGGUUGGGAGAGAGUCACCUGCAACUCUACUACCGCUCGUGUCAUCCAACUUUCCCUCAACAAUACAGGGCCAUAUUAUUUUGGGCAUUUAAACUUUGCUUUAUUUCAGCCUUUUGCAGAGCUCACAACUCUCGAUUUGUCCUCCAAUGCCAUAGUUGGUUGGAUAGGGAACCAAGGGUCAGAAAGCUCCUUACGACUUAAACAGUUGGAGAUUUUGGAUCUUUCUGGGAACAAUCUCAACAAGAGCAGCCUAAAACAAUUGAGUUCACUUAAAUCCCUUAAGAGUCUGAAUCUCAGUGCCAAUAACAUGGGAGGAUUUUCAUAUAACUGGCGAGGACAAUUUUAUCCUAUUCUUGCAGACCAACGAGAAACGAUUCCCGUCCAAGAAUUAUCCGCUUUCGAAAACCUGGAGACGCUGGAUUUAAGUUCAAAUGGGCUCGUUGGCAGCACACUGACGGCACAAAAUUCUAAAAGUCUGUGUAAGCUUAAUAAGCUGAAGUACCUAGACCUGAGCCAGAAUUCCAUGAACAAGGAUAGUAUGAGGUUUUUGGGAUUACUCUCAUCCCUGAAGCACCUUGACCUAUCAUUCAACGAAUUGGAAGGCCCCCUUUCAGAUGCAGAACUAGCGAGUCUAAAAAACUUGGAGGUGCUUAAUUUGUAUUGGAAUUACCUCAAUGGAACUUUGCCAAUCCAAGAGUUGAUGAGGUUUAGUAGUCUGGAGAUAUUAGAUUUGAGCUACAAUCAUUUUGAAGGGUCCAUCACUCCAAAUAUAGGGAAGCUAUCCAAUCUCAAGGCAUUCUCCGUUGCUCGGAAUUUGCUUGCCGGUUAUUUGCCAUUAGGUAUAUGCCAAUUGAAGAGACUUCAAGAGUUAGAUCUUAGCCAAAAUUAUUUUGGAGGGAUCAUUCCUCCUUGUCUGACCAAUUUAACGUCUAUUGGGCUGUUAGAUCUCUCAAACAACAAUUUUAGUGGAACCUUUUCAGUGUCUUUGAUACAGAACCUGACAUCUUCUCGAUAUUUUGAUUUUAGUUUUAACGAUUUUGAGGGUUCAUUAUCGUUAAGCUUGUUUCAAAAUCACUCCAAGCUUGAAGUGCUCCAAAUCAUAAGUAACAAUGGUAAAUUGGAGAUUGAUUCUGAGAGUCCUCCAGGGUGGUUUCCUUCGUUUCAACUAAAGGUUUUGGCACUAUCUAACUGCAGUCUGAACAAGCUGACCAACCGUAUUCCUAGUUUUCUCAGUUACCAGUUUGACUUGCAGAUAGUUGAUCUUUCUCACAACAAGUUGCGUGAAACUUUUCCUGGUUGGUUGUUGGAAAACAAUACCAACCUAGCAAUUCUGGAACUGAGUAACAACUUUUUCAUCGGGGAAUUUCAAUUACCUUCAUACUCUAUGAUCAACACUGUAAUGAUGGAUGUAUCAGGCAAUCAAAUUCAUGGGAUUCCGGAGAAUAUUGGGAAAAUCCUUUUACAGUUGGAGUAUCUGGAUUUAUCAAGAAAUACUUUUGAACAAGAUAUUCCAUCUUCCAUUGGUGACAUGAGAAAUUUGCAGGUGCUGGAUUUGUCUUAUAAUAAUUUCUCUGGAGAAAUACCGAAGGAACUGAUCGCUGGUUGCUCUGAUUUGCACAUUUUAAUAUUAUCUGGUAACAAACUUCAUGGACAGAUUUUUCCUGCGCUCUACAACUUAAGUCAAUUAGGAGUGCUGCAGUUAAAGGAUAAUUACUUCUGUGGAAAUCUGUCGAAUGUAAAAGCAGACGGAGUUGGCAAACUGUACUUAUUGGACAUUGGUUAUAAUUUCCUGACAGGGAAUAUUGGAAGCUGGAUAGGCAAUGAGACAUACCUCGAUAUACUUGUAAUGCGGAACAAUUAUUUGGAGGGUCAGUUCCAAUGUGAAGGGCUUUCGCGAUCUGUGUAUUAUUUAGACCUUUCUCAUAACCUUCUUUCGGGUACUUUGCCUUUUUGCUAUCGUCUACAGCAUUUACACUUACAAGGAAACAAAUUCAGUGGAUUAAUAUCAGAAACAUUUCUAAAUACGUCACAUCUUUCGGUAUUGAACCUCAGAGAUAACAACCUGUCAGGAAUCAUUCCUGAUAUGAUUGGUUCGCUUAAUGGCUUGAGAGUUCUUCUGUUAAGUGGAAAUCUUCUGACCGGUUUGAUUCCAAAGCAAUUUUGUCAAUUGAAACAAUUAAGCAUGUUGGAUCUCUCCAACAACUCCUUUUCUGGGUCGAUUCCCCCCUGCUUCCAGGAUAUCAGCUUUGGAAAGAUCGGGCCUCACCAAUUAGACAUUGCACAAGAAAAAGUUUCUAAUGAAUGGGAUUACAUUACAUAUUUCAGAUAUGGAACUCUAAAAAAGGAAUAUAAACUUCAUAGCAGUGCUGAUCAAUCUUUCACACAUGUGGAAGUUGACUUUUUAACGAAACACAGGUCUGGUACCUACAAAGGGGACAUUCUAAAUUUAAUGUCGGGACUAGAUUUGUCUUGUAAUAAUCUGUCAGGUGGGAUCCCGCAUGAGUUUGGGAAUCUAUCCUGGAUUCACGCACUGAACUUAUCCCACAAUCAGUUGACAGGACCAAUCCCGAAAUCUUUCUCAAAUCUCAGCCAAAUUGAAAGUUUAGAUCUUUCCCAUAAUAGUUUGAGUGGAGAAAUCCCUUCAACACUGAUCAAUCUCCAUUUCCUGGAAGUAUUCAGUGUGGCAUACAACAACUUAUCAGGCAAAAUACCAGAUAUGAAAGCUCAAUUUGGGACAUUUGAUAGAAGCAGUUACGAAGGGAAUCCAUAUCUUUGUGGACAGCUAUUAAGCCAGAACUGCAGCACUAAGUCACCUCAUCCUCCAAAAAUAUUUGUGGAUGGAAGUGAGGAGAAGUGGUAUGUUAUUGAUCCUGUGGUGUUUUCCGCAACUUUUAGCACAGCAUACUUCAUUUUCUUCCUUAGUUCCAUAAUACUUCUCUAUGUCAAUCCUUACUGGCGAAGAAGGUGGUUUGAUUUCUUUGAAGAUCAUAUAUAUUAUGCUGGGUAUGAUUUCAUUUCCAGUUUUCUCCACAACUCAUGUGCUAAAUUGUGUCCUUAG